AUGGCACUCGACGACGUACCCACGGGUUCGCUUUCAGGCGUAUUUCCACCUGGUCGCGAGGUUCUCUUUCGUACGCUCUCGUGUAUCAUCACGUUUCUCGGCCUCUCUGUAAUCAGCUUCUGCUUUGCCCACCGCAUGAUCAAGUUGGGGCUCCUCUCACGCGUCGGUUAUCAUGCAUUGACUCCUCUAAAGGUCUUGAUGCUACUCCUUCUUGUAGAUUCGUGGAUUUUUCUCCUCGGCUCCGGGAUUUAUAUUAAUGGUCUUGGCACGUCAUUGAACGCAAGAGUGUGCCGCUCGGUCCCUAUCACCUGCAUUCUCGUUUACUCAUUCGGAAAGAUUUUGAUCUACCUCAUGCUCGUUGAGCGGCUAUACGUCGUAUGGCCAAAUCGCGGAACCCGUCGCUCCUCUCCUGUUUGGACGGGUGGUAUAGUCGUCAUCACUGGAUACGCAGUCAUGUCUAUUGUCAUGAUCUUCCGUCAGUCCUGUGUGAUCCGCGAAGACCUCCAGUGUAUCGUGGUGACGGAUACAUCAAACGUUAUCGUAAUCGUAUCAUGCGACGUCGUUGCAAGCCUUCUUCUCACUGGUUUUUUCCUUUGGCCACUGUGGCGUCAUCGAGGUCUCAGUCGGGAGCUCCGACGAAUCGCCUCCCGGACAACUAUAGCAACCGUCCUAUAUCUCAUCAUGACCAUCUCCAACAUCCUUAACCUCAUCCCGGGACAGAUGAUUACCUGGAUAUGUCUUACAAUAUGCUCACUGGAUAUCUGUGGGCAUACGCUUGUCAUGUUUUGGCUCACUCGCCCAAAGUUUAGGCGUGCGACGCAACAACCAGCCAACAUUUGCGGCUCAGCCUCGGCAGGCGUUAGUCUCAGCAAGGCUACUAAACUGCAUCAACUGGACACUGCCUUUGGACUCUCUUACCCUUCAUGGCAAUCCACGGAUAGGACCAGUAUUGUAGAUCAAGUCACAAAACGAGAUGGGCCAUGGUGCGAGAAGGACGUCCUUGAUGAUACAAGAGGAGCCAAUACUCAUGAAUUGCCAUCUGAGGGGGUGAGGAGUUCACAGAGGGCUAUUUUCGAUCCAGAAAUACAAUCGAAUCAUUCAGCAGGUGAUGAAUCGGGGCUUCAGGAUGAUUUGGAUCUCGCGCUCACAGAACAAAAGCAAGAUGGCGAUAUUGCAAAUGACAUUGAGGCGACUAGUCGAGUCUAG